UUCCAGCGGAAUAGCCCAGUUUUCCCUUGUAAUUUAAUAUUAACGCACAAGCUAGCUAGUUAUAAGAGAAAAGGUUUUCAGGAGCCGCCCAUUGCUCCGAAACGUCGUCCCUUUUUACCUGUUUACCGAGGCGUAACGCUGCCUGGGUGCGAAUAGAAUUUAUUAAGUCUAGUGUUCUUGAAAAAUAUAUUGUUGUAAGUGAAAAUGAGCACUACAGCAUUGCAGGAGUCUGCUGUUAAGGAGAGUUUGUUUCAAUUUAUUACUAAGAACGUCCCCUCGGCGGACUUAAACGUAAUUGACGACAUCGUGCUGUCUUAUGUGAUUUCUUUCGUUGAGGAGUCUUCGCAAGAUCCCUGCUUCGACGUUGAAGGGUUCAUAGAGAUGAUGGCUGCAUACGUGCCUCAGUUCGCCAACAUUGACGUGGAGAGGGUCUGCUCCUGGGUUGUUGACCUGGAAGCCCUGCUCACCAGCGAAGAGAGUGAUCCUCCGUCUAGCCACGAGGAGUCUUCUAGCAGCAGCGAUAAGCUGACGAUGACCCUGCACACUCUGAGCGAGAUGCUGCCGACUGCCACCAAGCCGAGCCGCUCUCAUUCGAGUUCGGAAAGCUCUGAGGAGGCCGAGCGUCAGCGAAGCCUGUUGGAAGCCGAAGAUCUGCCGAUGCUGGCUGCCCAGUGCGCCGUGCUGCAUGAGAUGUUCCCCAACACCUGCGCUAUGGAGAUAAAGCAUUGCGUGUCCAUCGCUUGCGGCGACGUAGAGCGUGCGGCGGCGACAUUACUGCACCGCCGCGAGCAGGGGCAAGCGUUGUCGGCCGCUGCGCUUCAUCAGGCUAGCAAGACUCCGCUCUGUGAUGAUUCAGAGCUCAAAAACCGCAUCAUUGCUCGCUACUCGUACGUGGACAAGAACUCUGAUACCAAGGAGCAUAAGCCGCUUGCUCCCAAGAUGGAGCCGAAGAAGAUGGUCCGCUACCGCGACAACAAGAUCGUGUCGCUCAAGGGCGAACGGUACACUGAGGUGCCAAGGUCAGGCGUCGACGAGGACAACUUGAAAAAGCCCAAAAAACAGCACUGCCCUUAACCAUUACAGCCACGUCAGUACUGGGCCCGCCCCGCCCCCACGUGUCCUCCCCCCGUACUGAUUUUGGUUGUAGUGCUUAGGUUCCCUCGCCACAGUAUUAUUUCUGAUAGGUCUUGCAGGAGUUGCGCGCGACGGGGCCUGACGCGCGGUCGGUUAAGAGUUGGUAAUGGUUUUAGUGUAUAGUUUGUGGCGGGUCGAAAUGUGGGUCGGGUCAGUCUUCUCAAGUUUAUUAGGAAAUUGUGUCGGCAUUUGAAGGGCUUAUGAUACAUUUGUAUUUUAGCGGCAAUAUUCGGCGUCCAAAAUAUGGGUUAAUAAUAUUCGAUCUUACAGAAAUGAAAUUUAUAUAGCUCAAAUUUUGCCGCCCGUAAAUAUAUUUUCAUGGGCGGCAAUAUUAUCUCAAUAAAUUGUAAGCUUUCUUGUGAUCAUGGGUAUAUUUAUGAGCCGUCUAAUACUUGGCAAUGUCCUAUACAUAUACACCGUGUUUUUAUUGAAUUCCGUUAACUUCGAAGUUUCACUACAUUAAAUGUAAUUAAUUUCUCUAAGAAACUAGCGUCUUAACUCUUGCGGUUAUCGAGUUAUUAAAAAAAUAAAGAUAAUUGCUGAACACGUGUGUCGCAGCCUUUACCAAUUCCUAAUGUUAUUUGUUUUGACAUGUGCCGUCAAUCACUUGACACUAACUUAAAUGUUAUUCUUAAGGGUCUAUCACACUAAUUAAUUCAUUUAUUAUAUACGAAAAUAAAAAAAAAACAUUUGCGAAUUUUACUAAAAGUGAU